AUGGAUACUAUGUUAGGGUUCUCAAGGAUUAAAAAGGGAUAUUAUACAGGUAUUGGAAAGAAGGUUGAGAUUGCUGAUUUGGCCAAAGCCUUAGAAGUGCCCGCGGCGGAUUUAGAGCCUAACUACAAAACUGAUGAUAAUGUACAUGGGAUUAGGAGAUCUUAUUUAGAAGCUCAAGCUAUGUUGUAUGCUCAAAAGAAACAAUGGGACAUUUGUAGACAUUUUCUGGCUCUCUUAAUUUUUGGUGUUAUUUUAUUGCCUAAAAAGGCGGAAUAUGUGGAUCAUGAUGCAAUUCAUGUUUUUACAUCCUUUAGGGUUUCAGAUGUGGAUCCAACUCCUACGAUCCUCGCUAAUAUUUACUAUACCAUCCAUACUCGAUGCGAAAAGAAAAGGGGAAUGUUAUUUUGUUGUGUGCAUUUAUUGUACUCUUGGUUGACUUCUCACAUUUACAAAGCUAAUUACUUGGUUAAGGAUUUGACUAGACAUGAGUGGUCGCAAAAAUUAAGGGCUCUCAAAGCGGAUUCCAUCUUUUGGUACGCAAGAAAGCAGAACUACGAAAGGAUUAUUUACAAAUGUGGAGACUUCCCUAAUGUACCUUUAAUUGGGACUUUAGGUUGUAUUAAUUAUAAUCCCGUGCUAGCAUUGCGCCAACUGGGCCAUUCUAUGGAUGAUGAACCUUCCAAGCAACAAGUGGAGGAAUUAAUUUUGCAUGAUAUGGGAAAGGGUGAUCCUAGAACAUUGAAAAAGGUUAUUCAAGCUUGGAAAUCCGUUCAAACAAAGAAAUUUGGGCCGAAGAAUGUCAUAGCUAAGGAGCCUUACACCAGAUGGGGUCAAGAAAGGGUCGGAAGGAUUUUGCUACCAUUUAUUGUGGAUCCCGUGUUAGAGCAUGCAGGUGUGGAAAUCGCAAAUUGGAAAAGGUACUACGAACAAGCUUCCCGGGAUAAAAAGGAGUCCGAGGAGAAUUUGGAAACUAUGAUAUUCGAGUUAACUAUAGGACCAAGGAUCAAGAGAGGCAAAUAA